AUGGUAACAAUCCCUGCACAAGCACCAUCAUCAUCAUCUUCUGCUAAUUCUUCUUCUUCUUGUGGUUCUUGUUCUAUUGGUAUAACUCUUGCAGGUCAACAGGGACAUGUGCUUGGAGGGGUAGUUAGCGGCAAUAUUACAGCGACAAAUAAGGUGGUGCUGGUGGUGCCUCCAUUCAUGAACCCCUCAUUUCAUAGGCUUCCUAGUGUUGAUUCGGUGGUUCACGACGGUGGUGAUGAUCAUGGAAAUCCAAAGCACAAUGGCGCCGACCAUGGUGGUGCUGGUGCUGGUGCUGGUGGAAGUGAAGGGUGUUCGAAUACAAGCAUGUCCGUAUCAGGCCAUGGUGUUUCUUCACCAACACCAUUGAAUAGGCUUGCUCCAUCUGAUGUGGUGACUUGGGGUGGGUCCACUUCUCUUCCAUAUCAUCCUUACUGGAAACAAGAACAACAAUAA